GGGUCAGGGCACAUGUGCCCCAUUCCGGCCCACCCCCACCCCAGCUCCGUCUGGAGGACCCCUCCCUGGCUUUCCUCUUUGCCAGCAUGUUUUUCUGCCGUGGGGCUGCCCAGGACAACAAGAAGAAUAAGAAGAGGAGGAGAAGGAAGGGCUGAUGGGGGACCAGGCUCACCUUUCCCAAUGCCUCCCUCGCCUCUGGAAGAACGGAUCGGCAUCCUACAGAGACCCAAGACGUUGGCCUUGCGCCUCAACCACAGCUUUGCCCACAACGGCGGCGGCGGCGAGAAGCAGCAGCACCACCACCACCAGCCGCCACCGCCCUGCAAACCGCCUGGCCAGGCUGCUGGGGUGGCCCCAAAGGGCCCCCGCGAGGAGACCCCCCAGGCCGGCGUCCUCCAGCCCAACCAUUCCCACACCAUCGACAUCAAGGUGACGGUGGGGGCCGGGCAAGGCCGGGGGGUGCCGGAGAGGAACCUCUCCCUGCAGCUGGACCUGAAACCGGGCGGGGAGAGGAAGGGGCUGCUGGGCCCCCAGCUGAAGGUCUUCCUGCCCCAGGCCAAGCUGAAGAAGCGCGCCUUCAAGGAGAACAGCCGGCCGGCCCCGGCGGCGGCCAGCUCCUCCGCCAGCUCCUCCUGCCUCUCCAGCCCGGCCAGCGCCAUGCACCCCCUCAAGGGCGGCUGCCGCGGCUGCUGGCGGCUCCUGCGCUGCGAGGACCCCAAGCCCGGCCUGCGCCCGCCGGGCUGCUUCCCCUGCCACGCCAGCCUGCGCUCCCUCAGCUGCUCCAGCUGCAGCCCGCCCUCCGUCAAGAAGCUGGGCUGCCUGCCCUGCGCCCCGGUGGCCGCCGCCGCCCUGCGCUCCCUGGCCUGCCUGGCCUGCCACCCCUCCGUCAAGUCCGCCAGCUCCUCCUGCAGCUUCUGCAGCAGCGACCCCAUCGUGGCCUACGACCCCCGGCCCGGCCCGGCCCCGGCGGCCAGCUGCUACGGGGGGGACGGAGACGGCGACGGCGACGACUACAGCGUCCGCACCAUCUGGCCCGACGAGCUGGCCAGGAAGAUGACCCUGUCCCGGGCCCGGCAGCAGCAGCCGCCGCCGCCGCCGCCGGCCGCCUCCCCCUUGAUCCUGGACUGCCGCAGCCUGAUGGAGUACACCAAGAGCCAGCUGCAGGGGGCCAUGCACUUUGGGAUGGCCGAGGCCGCGGGCCGGCGGCGGCUCCAGCAGGGGAAGCUGGCCAUGCUGGACUUCCUCUCCUCCCGGGGGGCCGCCGACGGCCGGGACUCCUCGCUGCAGCGGCUCUGGCCCACCGAGCAGAACGGCUGUGCGGGGGCGACGGAGCCCCGGCCAGCCAGCCCCGCCAAAGCCCACAAAACGCAGCCCGCCCAGAACCUGCAUCUGGUGCUGGAUUUGCUCCGCCAGGACGGACAGGAGGGCCCAGGCCAGAGAGGUAGUCUAGUUGGCCCCGAGGCGGUGGAGGGUCCGGACGACUUGGGUCCACCGCUCACCCCCGACCUAGAAAAUGCAGAGCUGAGCCCCAUCCUGCCCUUCCUGUUCCUGGGCAACGAAAGAGACGCACAGGACCUGGAGCGGAUGCUGAGUCUCAACGUGGGGCAUGUGCUGAACGUCACCACCCACCUCCCGCUCUACCAUGCCGACAGCGGGCGCCUCCGCUACAAGCGGCUGCCUGCCACAGACAACCACCGCCAGGACCUGCGCCAGUACUUUGAGGAGGCCUUUGAGUUCAUCGAGGAGGCACACCAGAGUGGCAAAGGGGUCCUCAUCCACUGCCAGGCGGGCGUCUCGCGCUCAGCCACCAUCGUCAUCGCCUACCUGAUGAAGCACACGCUCAUGACCAUGGGCGACGCCUACAAGUACGUCAAGGGCCGGAGGCCUGUCAUCUCGCCCAACCUCAACUUCAUGGGUCAGCUCCUGGAGUUCGAAACGGACCUCAACGCAGGCGUCACACCCCGCAUCCUCAUGCCCAAGCUGGCCGGAGUGGAGACGGAGGUGUGAACAAGAAAGGGGACAGGUGGUGGCCACCGUGGAUCUCAGGGGUGGGAAGGCCGUGUGUGCGCAACAAGCAAGCAACGGGUGCCGUGGGAACCGCCGCCAGGGCUACCAACGGACCGGGCCAGUGGCGGGGGGGGGGGGGGGGCGCUUCGCCCCCUGGAACAUCGAUGGACCAUUUCCGAUGCCUUCCUGCAUUGCGCUCAGCACGAUACUGGGAGAGUCCGAUUUUGGAGGCCUCGUGCUGCCGUUGGAAUUAAGAGCAGGGGUGGGUGGGUGGGCUCUCAUUUCUACACCAGUGUUGGCUUCUUGAAACUUUCUUACCUUGGCAAUGGUGUGUGUGUGUGGGGGGGGGCAAAUGGGGCGGGACUGUGUGUGUGUGUGUGUGCACGCCUCUUGCUGGAUUUAAGUUAUUGGGUUGGGGAGCGUUUGUGUGCAUAAAAUCUUCUUCCCUCUCGCCCUCCCUUUUUUGAUCCAGAUGCUACUUUUACUUACCUUACUUCCAACCAUACUGGAGAAAGAACUUUUUUGGCGGGGGGGGGAAGGGGAAGGGGAAGGUUUCCAAUGAUGUGUGUGUGUGUGUGUGUGUGUGUGUGUGUGUGUGUGUGUGUGUGUGUGUGUGUGUGUGUGUGAUGGGGGGGUGUCCAUGGAGAGCACUGCGUGUGGGACACUUUUUCCGCCCCCUCUCCAUAAUUAUCAGAUGUUCAUUGCUCAGGAAGACAGACUUUUCUGGAUGGGAAGGUGGGGCAUUUACAACGCCUCCCCUCUCUUUUACAUGGGAAGAGGGACCGGCCCCCCUCCUCUGUUUAUUUAUUUGGACUGCCCUGCUGUUCAGCCUCAGCUUUUUUUAAAAAACCACCAACCUGUGAUGUUGACUGGAUCUUCAAGUGAGAGCACCAUGGGGACAGAGAUUGGGGGCGGGAUGGGGUGGGGGGCUGGCAGGUGACCACUGACCCCUCUCUUUCCCUCACCCCCAAACCUCUCCUCUCCCCCUCCCCCCACCUUCUUCUCAGGGCAAUAAGACAUAAUUGGACUUGUCUUCCAUUAAGGGGUUUGUUUUUAAAGCAAUGGGGCAGGGAUAUGGGAGCAUUGUGGCGGGGGGUGGGAAGCAAGGGCGGGAUAUUCUAAAGAUCACCCUAGUCAUCUCACACACUCUCUCUAAGGUUUCCUUCAAGCCUCCUGGGACAAAGAGACUGGAGAAUUAGAGACUGAGUCUUUUGUUUCUUAAUAUGUCUUGAAAUGCAAUAUUUAUAUGUUAGUGGCUUUUUAAGUGUUUCUGUCUUUCCCCAACUCCCAGAGGAGGGCAAAAUAGGUAGGGGGUUGCUGGUGGGUUCCCUCGUUUCAAUGGUCUUCCACGCGUUCCCAGUCUUUCCCCCUUGAGAAUUCGAACCCAGCACCACCACGGACCUGCAGCAGGGGCAAGGGUGGCGGGGACACAUAGCUUUAAGGACGGGAGUGGGCCAGGUUUGGGGGAGCCGGCAGCCUCUCCCCGCUUUCUUCCUCUACAAGAUUGGGAUGCUGCAUUUCAUAUCCCUCUGGUGAGGAAUCCUCCCCACCAACAGAAGUGGAUGAUGACUGCCAUGUUUCCACACAGAUAGAUAGAUUUGGACAAAUCUUGUCACACAUAGGAGAGGCUACUUUCACCCCUCUUAUCUGCAAGUUUCCUCAGACUUCUAAUUGGUAAACCUUUGGCAUCAACUUGGAAUUCAAACAAACCAGGAUUCCUUGAGCUGGAAAAGAUAGCAUAAGUGAAUGCUUCAGUUAGAAUGUGGUGCAAGAAGUCACAAGUCUGCGGCUCCCCCUUAGCAGACUUCACUCACUGGAGUCAGUUUGGGGUUGAGAACUGUGAAAACCAGUUACAAUAAGCUGAUCUGGGCAUGCCCCCUGAUUAAUCAGGGGCCACAUUUGGGGAAGAGAGAAUAAAUACUCCCAAAUGCCAGAUGUGAAUGUUUAAGAUCUAUGCAGUGUCCCUCCCAGAAGGACUGUAUAGUGUGCUUUUUCUGUGAUAACCCUGAAAUGAGAUACUGGUCUUACAGCCCCAAAUGUCCACUUCUACAUAUUUGGGCUCGGAAAAGAGGCACCAGAAAGUAAAUUCAGGAAUAUUUGAAAAGAAGCAAGGCUUCCAGUUCAGAAUGAAAAGAAUACUGAUGCUUCUAAGUGUUCUGCAUACAUGCUCAGACACAUCAGCCUCCAAGAGGUCUCCAUGAUCACCUCUUUUGUGCAGGAGAAAGGUGGAGACCUCCAUCCUAAUUAGCCUGUGCUUCCAUUGGUCCCGUCCCCUCCCGCCGCACUGCAGAUCUGUUGUGGCUUGUAAGUGUGCAAUGUCAACAACUCCUUCCUUCUCCUUUUGCCGCCCCUUUAAAGAGAGUUCUGUACUUAAAAUCCCCUCUCCUUAACUGGGAUUAAGAUGUGGUCAGAGGAUAGGUUCCCUUCCCUCCCCACCACCCCGGUUUCUCUUUGGAUUUUGUCUUUGUUAUUUAUUGGGCCCAACCCUCAGGCCCCACCGUAAUUUAUUAAACGUGAUCUUUUUUGUAACAA